CUGCAGUCUGGGCCGCUGGGUGCAGAGGCUGCGGCAGCCCGGCGGCCAGUGCCGCCUCCCACAAUCGCGAUACCCAUUGUCUUCCAUCCCACCCGGCCCUCCACCUCCCUUACAACCAUGGCGCAUGAAGCCGGGAGGAGCUCUCUUCUCGGGGGGCCCUGCGGGGAGCCCACGGAGCUUGGAGGUGAUGCUAGCGAGGAGGACCACCCCCAAGUCUGUGCCAAGUGCUGCGCACAAUUCUCUGACCCAGCUGAAUUCCUUGCACACCAGAAUGCAUGUUCAACGGAACCCCCUGUAAUGGUGAUCAUUGGGGGCCAGGAGAAUCCCAACAACACUUCGGCCUCUUCUGAACCCCGGCCUGAGGGCCACAAUAGCCCCCAGGUCAUGGAUGCAGAGCACAGCAGCAACGUCCUGGAUGCUGGGUCCUCUGCAGUGCCCACGGAUCCCACCUGGGCCCCUGAACGGAGAGGAGAGGAGUCUGCGGGGCAUUUCCUGGUCGCUGCCACAGGUACAGCAACUGGGGGAGGCGGGGGCCUGAUCUUGGCCAGCCCCAAGCUGGGAGCAACCCCAUUACCUCCAGAAUCCACCCCUGCACCCCCGCCUCCUCCACCACCUCCUCCACCUCCAGGGGUAAGCAGUGGCCACCUGAACAUCCCUCUAAUCUUGGAAGAGCUCCGGGUACUGCAGCAGCGUCAGAUCCAUCAGAUGCAGAUGACUGAGCAAAUCUGCCGGCAGGUACUGCUGCUUGGCUCCUUAGGCCAGACCGUGGGCGCUCCUGCCAGUCCCUCAGAGUUGCCUGGGACAGGGACACCUUCUUCCACCAAGCCCCUGCUACCCCUCUUCAGCCCCAUCAAGCCAGUCCAAACCAGCAAGACACUGGCACCUUCCUCCUCCUCUUCCUCCUCCUCCUCCUCUUCUGGGGCAGAAACACCCAAGCAGGCUUUCUUCCACCUUUACCAUCCACUGGGAUCACAGCAUCCUUUCUCUGCUGGAGGGGUUGGGCGAAGCCACAAACCCACCCCUGCGCCCUCCCCGGCCCUGCCGGGCAGCACAGAUCAGCUGAUCGCCUCGCCUCAUCUGGCCUUCCCAGGCACCACGGGACUACUGGCGGCACAGUGUCUUGGGGCCGCCCGAGGCCUCGAGGCCGCUGCCUCCCCAGGGCUCCUGAAGCCAAAGAACGGCAGUGGUGAGCUGGGCUAUGGGGAAGUGAUGGGCCCCUUGGAGAAGCCUGGUGGACGGCACAAAUGCCGCUUUUGCGCCAAAGUAUUUGGCAGUGACAGUGCUCUUCAGAUCCACCUGCGUUCCCACACAGGUGAGAGGCCCUAUAAGUGUAAUGUCUGUGGCAACCGCUUUACCACCCGUGGCAACCUCAAAGUACAUUUCCAUCGGCAUCGUGAGAAGUACCCGCAUGUGCAGAUGAACCCACACCCGGUGCCAGAGCACCUAGACUAUGUCAUCACCAGCAGCGGCCUGCCCUACGGUAUGUCUGUGCCGCCGGAGAAAGCUGAGGAGGAGGCGGCCAUGCCAGGUGGCGGUGUCGAGCGCAAGCCUCUGGUGGCCUCCACCACAGCACUCAGUGCCACGGAGAGCCUGACGCUGCUCUCCACCAGUGCUGGCACAGCCUCAGCUCCUGCACUCCCUCCUUUUAAUAAGUUCGUGCUCAUGAAAGCGGUAGAGCCAAAGAGUAAGGCUGAUGAAAACACCCCGCCCGGGGGUGAGGGUUCCGCCAUCACAGGGGUGGCAGAGAGCGGAAGCGCCACCCGCAUGCAGCUGAGCAAGCUGGUGACUUCACUACCCAGCUGGGCACUGCUUACCAACCACUUUAAGUCCACAGGCAGCUUCCCCUUCCCCUAUGUGUUAGAGCCGUUGGGGGCCUCACCCUCUGAGACAUCGAAACUGCAGCAGCUGGUAGAAAAGAUUGACCGACAGGGAGCUGUGACAGUGGCCUCUACUGCCUCGGGAGCUCCCACCACCUCCUCCCCUGCGGCCUCAUCCUCAGCCUCAUCUGGACCCAAUCAGUGUGUCAUCUGCCUCCGGGUGCUGAGCUGCCCUCGGGCGCUGCGCCUGCAUUAUGGUCAACAUGGAGGUGAAAGGCCCUUCAAAUGCAAGGUGUGUGGCAGAGCUUUCUCCACCCGGGGCAAUCUGCGUGCACAUUUUGUGGGUCACAAGACCAGCCCAGCUGCCCGGGCCCAGAACUCCUGCCCUAUCUGCCAGAAGAAGUUCACCAAUGCUGUUACUCUGCAGCAGCAUGUUCGCAUGCACCUGGGAGGCCAGAUCCCCAAUGGUGGCGCCACACUCCCUGAAAGCGGAGGAGCUCCCCAGGAAAAUGGCUCUGAGCAGUCUACUGUUUCUGGAGGAGGAAGCUUCCCUCAGCAGCCUUCGCAGCAGCCUUGCCCAGAAGAGGAGUUGUCUGAAGAGGAGGAGGAGGAGGAGGAAGAAGAGGAAGAUGUGACUGAUGAAGAUUCCCUGGCAGGGAGAGGCUCAGAAAGUGGAGGUGAGAAGGCAAUAUCCGUGCGAGGUGAUUCAGAGGAGGCAUCUGGGGCCGAGGAGGAAGUGGGCACUGUGGCCACAGCAGCCCCAGCUGGGAAGGAGAGUGACAGUAAUGAGAAGGCAGUUCAGCAGCCUUCUCUGCCACCACCACCGCCACCGCCACCGGACAGCCUGGAUCAACCCCCAUCAAUGGAGCAGGGAGGCAGUGACGUCACAGGAGGCGUGGAAGAGGGGGGCAAACUGGAGAGAAGCGCCAGCCCGAUGUCAGCACUUGCCAUAGAAGGGGAAGGCAGCAGCACUGCCUUGGUGGAGGAGCUGAGCGUGCAGGAAGCAAUGAGGAAGGAGCCCGGAGAAAGCAGUAGCAGAAAGGCCUGUGACGUCUGUGGCCAGACCUUUCCCACCCAGGUGGCCCUGGAGGAGCAUCAGAAGACCCACCCCAAGGAGGGGCCGCUCUUCACUUGUGUUUUUUGCAGGCAGGGCUUUCUUGAGCGGGCUGUCCUCAAGAAGCACAUGCUGCUGGCUCACCACCAGGUACAGCCCUUUGCCCCCCACGGUCCCCAGAAUAUUGCUGCUCUUUCCUUGGUCCCAGGCUGUUCGCCCUCCAUCAGUUCCCCAGGGCUUUCGCCUUUUCCCCGAAAAGAUGACCCCACAAUUCCAUGAGCCUGUUUUUCUGUACUUGUUGCCCUUUAACCCAGGGAGCAGAAAUCAACAACUCUACAGCAAAACCUCCCAAGAUUUCUGAGCCUUCAUUUCUCCUUUAUCCCUGAGUAUUACGUGUGUCCCUAAUGGCUUUUCUCUAGUCCCGGAGCUUGGAAAUCCGUGUGUUUAUAGGGAGGUGGCCCCCGAGGAAGUUUUCUUCCCUCUUGAUUCGUUGAACCUGAGAAAAACAGAUUCUGGACAGCUUCCACAUUCCUGAGGGGGAACCUCUAGAUUCCCUGGGGUAACCCUUCUCCCUUCUCCUUUCUUCCCCCUGCUUUCCCUUCGGUAGAAGCACCUGAACAUCCACACUUGGAGUUGCAGCCCAGGCCAGAGGGGCCAGUAGCUGGCCCUGGAGGACCCGGGCCACUCCUCUCUGGUGACUGUGUUAACCUGUAGGCCUUCCCUAUCCCAGGAAAUUCCUCCCCGGUUGUAAGGGUGGGUCCCUUGUCUUUCGGGGACCAAUAUUUCCUGUCAGUUGUUUUGCCCACCCAGCCU